AUGGCCGAGGAGUCUGAGACGGAACCGGUCCCUGCACCCGCCGCUGCAGCCCCGCCGGCGCCGCGACCAGAGCCGGCGGAGGCGGUCGAGAUCGCCGACGAGGCAUAUGCUACGGAUGACACGUCGUCCAUGGACGAAAGAAUCUCAUCCUAUACUGCGUCACUCACGUCCAGCGUCGUCGACUAUCCCAUAGAGUAUGGUCGCCGCUACCAUGCGUACCGUCCCGGAUCUUACAAGUUCCCCAACGAUGAGUUCGAGAUGGACAGACUUGACCUCGCUCACGCGAUGAUGGUCAAGGCGAUGGGCAGCGUUCUCUUUCGCGCCCCGCUGAAGAAGGAUAAGGUGCAUCGUAUCCUCGACAUCGGGACGGGAACUGGAAUCUGGGCUGUUGAGAUGGGAGACAUUUUCGAGAAUGCCGAGGUUCUUGGCAUUGAUUUGAGCGCCAUCACGCCCGAAUGGCACCCCCCAAACGUCAAGUUCGAGAUCGACGACAUCGAGGAGUCCUGGGUCGGCCACAAGAAGUACGAUUUCAUCUUCUGCCGCUACAUGGGCGCCUCGAUCAAAGACUGGCCCAAUUUGAUGAAGAACAUUUAUGACAACCUCGCCCCGGGAGGCUGGGCCGAGUUCCAAGAUGUCAACACCACCUUCUACUCCCAGGACGACACCUACUCCUCCGAAACCGCGACGGCGAAAUGGAUGAACGGUUUCAUGGAGGCCUGCUCCGCGACGGGCCGCGACCCCAGCGUCGGCCCGAAGCUCGAGGGCUGGGUGCGCGACGCGCACUUCGCCAACGUCGUCGCGGACCGCAUCCGCGCGCCGCUCGGCCCGUGGCCCAAGGAUAAGUGGUACAGCGAGCUCGGCAUGAUGAACCUGAUCCUGACGCUCAACGGGCUGGAGGCGCUGUCGGUGAAGUUGUUUUCGGAGAUGCUGGGCAAGACGCAGACGGAGAUUGCGGUGCAGCUGGCGCUUGUGCGCAAGGAGCUGAAGAGCAACUCGUUCCACGCGAUGUUUGAUAUUCAUGUUGUUUAUGGCCAGAAGCCGGCUCAACCUUAG